AUGUCUCUCGGGGAGUUGGAGCGUGUGUUUGCCUUUUACUCAAGUGUGCUGCUAUUCAAAACAUUGUUUCUCACUGGACUCACCAUUUACAAACGUUUCCAGCACCAGUCAUUUUGCAAGGGUCCGGCUAACGCAGAAGUUGAGGCGGUCAGAAGGUGUCACCUCAAUGAUAUUGAAAAUCUGGUUCCAUUCUUGGCACUUGGAGCAUGGUAUUGUGGCAUAAGUCCAUCGCAGUCAUGUGCUCUGUGGCAUUUUCGUAUCUUCGCUUUGGCACGUGUUCUUCACACACCAGCAUACUUACUGACCGAAGGCAGAUUCCCACGGGGGCCAAUAGCUCUUGCUGGAAUAGCGGUUAAUGUUUCCAUGGCAUUGCAGUGCAUGGCUUACUUCUGGAAUUAAACACUCCGGACAAAAGAUGGAACACCUCGCUUCGAGGCAUACAGUUUCAACUUUCAACUGGACUUCGGCGAUAGAUGCUUGUGGAAUGAUAUAAAAUUGUUGUAGUUAAACAAAUUAUCCAUGUUAAUA